GGGGAGUUGUUGUCGGGGACGGCGACAACUCGGGUUGCCCCGCGGUGUUUUAAUGACGAGUUCUUUAAUGAGACUGAGAUGUGUUUUGUGGCCUUGGACCUGAAUGAUUCUUCUUUCUACUCCCCCGCCCACUUCCCCUCUACCCUGGGAUAAUUGGCGCCGAAAGUGUUUGGUGUUGCGGUUCCUGAGUUGCAACAGUUGCCAGGAGCGGGCGAACGUUCCCACUUGGAUCACCCAAAGUUCCAUCCCCGGUGUCCCGCCGCUCCUGUGCCAAUGGAGCCGAGACGCUGCUGCCUUCGUCCGGGUGGAAGUGCCUGCACUCCCACUGCAUACUGCAUCUUUCCCAGUGAUAGGCACAACGGCGACGGUUAUCCAGUCUUCUCCGUCCCGUGCUUCUAAACCGGAGGCUUGGCUCCUUUUAAUUUCAACGCUUUUUGUUACAAAAACUCCUCGAUUUUUAAUGACCCCCCCUCCCCAAAAGUUGCAACUCCCCAAUGAUCAGCAGAAGUGUCAAUUAAAAUGUAAGGACAUUCGGAGGCAGAACCGGUUUAUCUUUCACUGUUCGCGCGUUUCAAAAGACAAGUAAGGACCGAGGGUUACUUCCGCUGUCAGGAGAAAAGGAAGUUACUUGCAGAAGUGGAAGUCAUUAAUAUUUCGGAACGUUUCCCAGUUUAAUCGGUUUGAUUUCUGAAGCAGGUUGUGUCUUUAUCUAACUUGGAGUGUUGUAUACGGCCAUGCGUCAUUUAUUUGGGAAAAUGACGAGACCAAACGUCAAGAACACUGUGUUUUCCAUUUCUUUUUGUUUAUUUGCUGUGUGCCAAGCGUUUCCGACUCCAAAUGACCGAGAUAAAUUGAUGAAAAUGGAACAGUUCAAAUUUACCGGCGGUAAUCUACUAUCAACGGAAAAAGAAAUCAAAGUUAAUGAUAUACUUAUGAAAAUAAAAAUAAAGGAGAUUGCUGAAGGAGUAGAAACCGGUAAAUUCCCACCGACCAUGCAUUUUUUCAGAGCUAAAGAACUGAUUGAACAGAGCACUGUUUUUAACAUUUUACGGAAGCUGCCCAAAGGUGCUGCUCUACAUCUGCAUGAUUAUGCCUUGCUGAACACAGAUUGGUUGGUGAAGAAUGCGACUUACCUACCUAAUUGCUAUAUUUGCUUCACGGCUUCAGGAGGCGUCAGAUUUCGUUUCUUCCUCAGAAGCCCGCAGAAAAGAUUGACCGGGUGUUCAGAAUGGGUUUUGCUUGAGAAGUACAGGCGUCAACUUAAAAAUGUAACAGAAUUUGAUAACAGUUUAUUGAGAAAUCUUACAUUGGUAACAGAAAAUCCAGAAGAAGCCUACCAAUCGCAAAAUGUAGUAUGGGGAAGAUUUGAAGACUUAUUUAAAGCUGCUUCCAGUCUUAUUUCCUAUGCCCUCGUGUUUAAAACAUACUUCUAUGAGGCUUUGUGGGAAUUCUAUCGUGAUAAUGUACUAUACAUAGAGAUACGAGCCUUGCUGUUGCCGGUGUAUGAACUCAAUGGCACCUUGCAUGACAAGGAGUGGUCCAUUAUGGCUUACCAGGAGGUUGCAAGACAAUUCCAACAUGAUAAUCCUGACUUUAUGGGGGCCAAAGUCAUAUUUUCAACAGCUAGGAAAAUUAACAACACCGCAAUGAAAACUACAAUAAAUGAGGCCAUGAAAUUUCACCAAAAGUUCCCUGAGACCAUAGCAGGGUUUGACAUGGUUGGCCAAGAAGAUGCUGGGCACCCAUUGUGGUAUUUCAAGAACGAGCUAUUAGUUCCAACGGAGACAGGAGUUAAGCUGCCUUUCUUCUUUCAUGCUGGGGAAACCGACUGGGAGGGUACAAGCGUAGAUGAAAACAUCCUGGAUGCCUUAUUGCUGAAUACAAGUCGAAUAGGCCAUGGCUACAGCAUAAACAAACAUCCAACAGCAAAGUGGAUUUCCAGAGAGUUUGAUGUGCCCUUAGAAGUCUGCCCAAUUUCAAACCAGGUGCUUAUGCUGGUCACUGAUCUGCGAAAUCAUCCAGCUGCAAAUCUAAUGGCAGAAGGUCAUCCUAUGGUCAUUAGUGCUGACGAUCCAGCUGCUUUUGGGACCCGUGGUUUAUCAUAUGACUUCUAUGAGACCUUUAUGGGAAUAGGAGGUUUGAAAGCUGAGCUAACUACACUGAAGCAGUUGGCUCUGAACUCCAUCAAGUACAGUGCUAUGUCUGCCGAGAUGAAGGGCAAAAGCAUCAAACUUUGGCUGAGAAAGUGGGAUGAGUUUUUGGAUGAAGUCCUUAACAUGUCCAACAGAGAUGAGCUGUGAGAAGACCAGUUCACUGUCCUGUCGACUACUCGGUUCUUAGUGAAAUAAUUUUCUCUCAGGGAGAUAGUGACUAUUUUUUAUCGUUAUUAAAAUGGAUAAUUUCAGCAAUCUCUUUGUCUCCUACACUCCAUUUUUCUAGCACUUCCAUACAACUUAUGACACCAGCUUGCUCCUGCCCCACUAUCUCAUCCAUUAUUGGUGGCAAUUCAUUUAGUCAUUAAGUCAUUGCCUCAAGGAAUUUCUUUAUAAAGUCCUUCUGGUAUGGUGGUGCUUUCUGGGUGGGGAAAAAUAUUUUCAAGUGCUGUGUGCCACACCCCUAUCACUAUUAUGUUAUUUUCUUUUUCUCUUCCUCCUGCACUCUUCACACUUCAUCUUUCCAUUCUCCAAAGCACUUCUCAGCACAUGAAAAUGUAUAAAAUGUCAGCUCCAAAUUCAUUAUUGUAAAUCACAGCCAGAACAGUUGACAGCCCCACUCUCAGCAAUAAGAUAUACUGUGAAUUUCUGAUUUUAGAAAAAUGGAUUAAACUAUAACAGAAACAAAUUUUUUAAAUUCUAAGUUGAGCCAGGGAUAGGCUGUGGUGCUAGAACAGGGGAAAAAGUAGAAGGUGAAGAACAAGUGUAGUUUGGUGUGUGUGUUGAUACCAGGAAGAUCUCUAGCCACGUCAGUAAGACAUGGGCUGCUGUGGUGCGACCACAGCAGUUGCAAAAUCAUAAUGUUUGUAGUGGCAAAUGGAGACUGCUUUUGAAUCCUCUCUUAAUCUGUGCCUUGAACUUCAAAAAUUCAACUUUUUUACAAGUUUAAUAAUGUUAGGUUAACUUAACUUGUAUAGCUUGUGAAAAAGGAAACAUGGUUUGGAUUUUAUUUAUAUUUUAGUGUCUGGAACAUUAUUGAAAGGAUUGUAUAAUAAAAAAAAAUUGAGUCUCAUACAAUAAAGAAUUAGCCAUGUUUACCAGCACACAAACUUGUGCAGGCACUUCAUUCAAUAAUGUUCACAAAAGGCUUUUUUGUAGAUUGACUAUCUGUUUGUGCUUUAGGAAAGUCAUAUUAGUGAACAAAUAAUUGUAUGCAAAGUUUAUCAUUCAUUUUAAUUAAGCUGUUAUUGUGCUCUAUGAAUGUAUCUGAUAUUAAAUAUGGGCUAAACAUUAACUGGCUAUGACAUGUUAAAUGUAAUAUAGUUGUCAAAAAGUCCAUAUCCUUUCAUUUACUCCAUAAAUAUUUGUAGAAGGGCAUGUACAUGACAGCAUAGGUUCAGCUUCCUCAUCAUUUGUAUUCAAGCAGAAUCUCUGCCAUCUGCAUGGGUAUCUAUUCAUCCCAGCAGGAUAGGGAGUUAUUCAUUCAGCUGAAUGUAAGGAGCCUGAUUAAAUGACUGCUGAAAAAGGAGCUCUGUAAUAUAAGUAAUGAAACAUUGCUCAAAUGGACAGAUUUUUUUUUGAGUAUUCAUCGAUAUGGUAAUAGGACUGUUGACAAGGUGAAAUGUUAUUGCUUGCUUAUUAACGUGAGCACAUGGUGAAAUGAUUAUGCGAGUCUGGCACAUGAACAUUGUGUCCAACUGCAGUAUGGAUCAACAUAUGGUACGUUAGUUUAAAACUGGAAAAACAUUUAAUUGUGCUUUGAUGAACUGAUUUUGUGCUGAUGGUACUAUGGACAUGCAGAACAGAAUUGUAUUGGAUGCCGUUCCUGAACCUUUUUCUUCCUGUACCUUUUCCAAAAUAAAGCUUUGAUUGAGCCAUGC